GGGGCGCCGAGCCCGCGGCAGCGCCGGCGCCGCCCGCACCAUGCGCUGCGGCGGCCUCCUGCUGCUGUGGCUGCUGCGCGGGGCGCUGGGCGCGCCCGGCCCGCCGGCGGGCGACGGGUGGCGGGGAGCCCGUGAGACCUCACCAGGGAGCGACGGGACCCGCAUCAGCCAGGACCUGGGCGGCGGCAGCUUGGCCAUCGACACGCUGCCGGCCAACGAGACGCGGAUCGUGGAGGACAACCACAGCUACUACGUGUCGCGGACCUACGGGCCGGGUGAAGCACGCGCCCAGGGGCUCUGGGUGAACAUGGCAGCAGCCAACAGGAGCCAAGCGAAGAUCCAUGGGAUCCUCUCCAACACGCACCGGCAGGCCUCGAGAAUCAUCCUGUCCUUUGACUUCCCCUUCUACGGCCACCUCCUGCGGCAGGUCACGAUCGCGACGGGAGGCUUCAUCUUCAUGGGGGACGUCAUCCACCGGAUGCUCACGGCCACGCAGUACGUCGCGCCCCUCAUGGCUAACUUCAACCCCAGCUAUUCCCGCAACUCCACCGUCCAGUACUUGGACAACGGGACGGUUUUUGUGGUGCAGUGGGACAAGGUCUAUCUCCAGGGGAAGGAGGACGUGGGCAGCUUCACCUUCCAGGCCGCUCUGCACAGCAACGGGAGGAUCGUGUUUGGUUACAAGGAGAUCCCCGUGCCGGUGCUGCAGAUCAGCGCCACGCAGCACCCCGUGAAAGCUGGCCUCUCUGACGCCUUCAUGAUCCUCAACCCAUCUCCCGAGGUGCCUGAGUCCCGCCGUCGGACCAUCUACGAGUAUCACCGCGUGGAACUGGACACCAGCAAGAUCACCAGCCUGUCGGCCGUGGAGUUCACCCCCCUGCCCACUUGUCUCCAGCAUCAGAGCUGUGAAAUGUGUGUGAUCUCGGAGCUGACCUUCAACUGCAGCUGGUGUCACGUCCUGCAGAGAUGUUCCAGUGGGUUUGACCGAUACCGUGAGGAGUGGCUCUCUUACGGCUGUGGCCAGAAGUCGGAAGAGGAGACAUGCGAGGAUUUAGCAGACGAUGACCACUACUCGGCACCGCCUGACAGCUCUUUCCCACCGUUUGAUGAGGAUAUCACCACCUCCGCUUCCUCGCUUUUCAUUGACAGCCUCACUACAGAAGAUGAUACAAAGCUCAAUCAGUAUGCAGCAGGCGAUGGUGUGGGAAGCAGCCUUCCUUCAAAGAAAGCAGGAACCCCGAUUCACACAGGUACUAUUGUGGGCAUCGUUCUGGCUGUGUUGCUCAUUGCUGCUAUUAUCCUUGCUGGAAUUUACAUCAACAGCCAUCCCACCUCAAAUGCUGCCCUGUUCUUCAUUGAGCGAAGGCCACAUCACUGGCCUGCCAUGAAAUUCCGAAAUCAUACCAGCCAUGCAACAUACUCUGAGGUGGAGCCAGCCAGCCACGAGAAGGAGGGCUUUGUUGAAGCGGAACAGUGCUGAGCGCUUCCUCCCCUGCAUCUUUAUUGUCCCAUGUCCCGAAUGUUGGGGUCUUCUGUUAUUGUACUGCAAAGUCUUUCCCCUGUUGGAAGAGAAACAGCAACUAGAGGAAAAAGACCCACUGGAGCAUUGAAAGGAAUAAGGCAGGGCAAUGCAAGGACGUGACUUGCCUGGAUUCCUCACGGGACAGCACAGCCUGAAGCAAAGGCAGUGAGUUGCAACGUCAGAUUCUGCCUGCACCAAAGCUCUGGAUGUGUCAGGAGAAAACAGUGCAGUCAAAGUUUUGGUAUGAGUAGUGGGAGGAGCUGUUUGUUUUUUCUUCUUCUCUGUGUGAGGUUGACCUCUUCCAUCCUUCUCUGAGAGUCUUAACAUGGGCAGUUCACAGGAGGGCCAAAUCUAGGUACAGGCAAAGUACAUAGUUGCCUAAGGCAGCAGGCUCUUUGGGACACCAAAACUGCUUGCUGCACACUCUGCCUAUGCCUGCACUCAGGACCAAGUCAGGCUCAUUGCCUCUGCCUCUGUCCACGGAGAGGCUGGGUGACUGGGGGGCAGAUGCUGCUGGUGGCCCCAGGAGGGGAAAGGCUGGUUCUCCAGGGCUUAUCUCACCUGUCCCAUCCUCCUGCUCCCUGCUCUUGUCCCUUUCUCUGCUCUUCCCUUUGCCUUCUUUCAGGGCAGGCAACAUUUAGCUUUCUCUUCACGGCUAAGAAGACUUGUGCCCUUGUCUUUUUAUCCUGAAGUUGUUGUUCUUACACCAUGUCUUCAAAUCCUCAUGCUUCUCUCUUUUCAAGGAAACAGCUUCUACCCCCGUACUCAGGAAGAAAGAGAAAUCUGAUCUAUUUUAAAGACAAAGCCCUAUAGAAGAUUCACCUUCAGGUUGUUUGUUAACAAAUGGUUUUGGUGUGUUUUCUAGCAUCUAGUUAGUUUGCUAAAUUACUGACUACGACCCUUACUUUAAAGGAGUCAGAGGGUGAAAAAUCUUAGAUUCCUUCAAACCACGUAUCUGUUGCACUGCCACUAAUCCAGCAGGAACAGAGUAAGUUUUAAUAGAAGAGGAUGGGGAUAGAGCACUAUCAAAAGCACUGUUCUCCCCAGGGCUAAAUCUUGAAGUAAAUCCAAGCUUAUUUUUCAUGGAACUUUCACAUAAAUAAAGAAUGAAGGCAUACAUGCCACUGUAUGAUUAAAAAUAUAAAAAUCACUUUGUUAACAUCAUCGUGUUUAAAACUCACUAAAGUCAGUGGAAGUUUAUUGAUUUUGAUUACAUCUGUAAUCUGAUUACCCUGGUCUGGAUGUGUACUGAUAUCAUGAUUCCAGAUAUCAUGACCCUCAUUAAGGACUUCAAUGCUAGACCUCUUGGGGUUUUCUGUUCCUUCUCUGUAAUCAGAAUUAAGCAGUAAUCUUCAUAAAUACUCUAUCCUACUUUCACAGACACUAGCUAGUGCAAGAUUGGGCCCUAAACUUAGGAAAGCUUGUAUUAAAAAAAGACAGUGUCCAAAGUCCAGUGUAAGGUAAAGUUUCCAUCCCCCCCACCAAAAAAUGGUGUGGGAUGUAUGGACUUUUUUUUUUUUUUUCCUUCUUGAGCCUCAGUUAUUUAUUCUGAUAUCAUGUUUGGUACAUACUUUAUCCACUGACAGCUUCAGCUAUCACUGAGGGUGAUUACUGCCAAAGGCAGGGUCUGUCUAAUUAAUGUUUUCCUUCUCAUCUGCUGAAUUUAUAUUGCCUUUGAAGAUAAAUAUGGAUGCUCUGUGGCAUUUAGACCUCAGAUUAUACUUCCUCGUACAUAGUCACUAGGGAGACUUUUGCUGCAUCUAUUAUGGCCUAAAGACACAAAAACACUCAAGCGGGGUAAGUCAGAUUGAGUUGUGCCAAGCUGUUGUGGACCACACAGUCUUUCUUUAGAGAUAUUUUGAAGAUUAACUUUAUUCCUAAGUAAAGCUUUCAGCUGCAAGAUUGUUUUUUCCCUGUUUUCCUCAAGUAGAAUGAAUUCUAAAGCAUACAGUCAUCUAGUUUUUGCUUCAGAUCAAAUCUGCUUUAAAAGGGUUAUAAAGUGGUAGGGAAAAUUCUCCGAAUUUAGUUGUUUUCAAAUAAUGGCCUUGUUUUUACUAUUUUUCUUAACAUUCAUACUCUGCAUUUUGGGGUAUUCCUUUUCCCUUUCUACCCCCAGAAAUACCAGGCAACAUCCAACAAUUGUGAAAUGCUGCAAAUUUAAAAGAAAACAGCUUCACCUAGUGUGUAAUUCAGCUCUAUAAAUCACUGCUGCAUUACUGCAGCCAGAAUCUUAGACAUGUUCAAAAAAAGGACUAUACAUUUAGGUGGGGAAUAACAGCAUCUCAGUGCUAGAGCACAUGAACAAUUGAAGUAUAUAAAACACCUGUACUUCAGGGCAGAUGCCAAGGUCUGAGAGCCUGGAGUUAGAAAGAGCUUUAUUAAAUAAAUAAAUAAAUAAAUAAAUAAAUAAAGAGCAGACAGGCUCUGUAAGUAUCUAAUAGAUGUUUUGUCCACCUUCUACUGAAGGACAUGGUAUGGAGAUAUCGUCAGGUGGAAUACAAUAUUAACAGCUUCGAUUCAUAAUCUCUAACAAUUUGCAGUAGAGCAGAUUAAGUUAUAACUGCCUAUACUUAUGUGUGUGCCCUGACCUGAAGAUUUUCAUCCCACAGUUCAGUUAGCAUAACCAAUGAGUGCUCAGGUCAGGAGCUCCCUCUGCCUAGUCUGGAGAAGAAAGGCAUUUACAUGCUGUGUCUCAAGGAGAACAACAAUUUGUCUUACCUUUCAUCAGGAGGCCUAGCUCUGGGCACUUUAAGUUCACAUCUGGGGAACUAGCAAGUCAGCAGGGAACAAUCUUUCAUGACUUUUCUUUGCAUGUGACUUUUUUGUGGAAGAGGGGUCUAUUAAAGUCCAGACCAUCCAAUUAUAAUUGUUGCUGAUUCCUAGAAGAAAGAGAAAAAUAUCUUUGCCACCAACAAGUACUGCUCUAAUACUGAAGUGAACAGGCGAGAUGAGUCUGGGCUCAAGUAUAAUAAUGGCUGCACCAAUUCAAAUGCAUCAGGAUCAAUACUCCUGUCUCAUCUGUGUAACUCUGACUUCAAGAUGCUGGAUAAUCUUGCUAGUCUUGAGUGCCAAAGCACGAAUACAAUUCUGACCUCAAAUGGUUUUGAUUACGCUUUUAAUCAUGUGACUUCUGUAGCCAUAUCCAUAUCUAAAGUUUUACUUUAGAUUCAGAUGAACCCAUCAUCUGGGCUUCCUCCAAAGCAAGCUCCAUAAUGUACAUGUUUAUCUUGACCUGUAUAUUUUAUAGCUAUAAAAUGGGCUGGGGCUGUUAGCUGUGCUCAGUCCAUUGCUGAGCUGGUUAAAAGGGGUGCAAAGUGCAAACAAUUGCUAACACUCCUCGUUUGUCUUUGCAAGCACAGUGUCCUUGCAGUUUGUGGCAACUGCGGGGUAUGUUGUUCGGGUGUAAGCGAACUGCCGGUCAUCAAGGAGAAAAGGACAUUGUCAAUCUGUUAGGUGGCCAUUUGUGUUUAGCAGUUGUGAAAAUACACCACAGACAAACAAGGGCUUGGUUCUGCUACUACUAAAGUCGGUGGUUAACCCCCCACUUUUCUGACAUCAAUGAGAGCAGGAGCUGGCUCAAAAAUUACUUUCUUGUAACAACUAAAGACCUACCUUCCACAUACUUGAAUUUACAGCACAGUUGGACUAUUUGGGGGGGGGGGGGAACCAAAGGCACUUUAACAGUCUUUUAAUGCAAAGUAUUUACUAUGAACUAUCUGCAUGGAAUACAGUGUUAACAUUCAAAAAAAAAAAAUCUUUCUUUUUCGACUGCUUUGUUUUCAAAAUAAAACCUGCAAAGAAUUUUUAGUUGUGUAAUACAGACUUUAAGCAUGAUGGCAAUUAUUUUCACCUUGUGUGUUUUAAUGACAUUAUAAAAAUACAAGCCAAUUACGGA